AUGUCAAAAGUACACGGUCUAUUUAUCCCAGAGAAGAAAUACCUUGUGGAUAUCAAGGGACUCCUUGUGUAUCUUGGCGAGAAGUUGGGUUUAGGAAAUGUUUGCUUAUGUUGCACGUAUCAGGGCAAGGACCUUGAGUCAGUUAGAGAGCACAUGCGAAGCAAGAGACAUAUGCGGAUCCCAUAUGAGACUGAAGAUGAGAAAUUAGAGAUUUCAGACUUUUAUGACUUCUCCUCUUCAUACGAUACACCAACCAGAGAGACCUGUUCAGAAGAUGAGGAAGCUUGGGAGGACGUCUCAAGUGAUGAAGAAGCAUCUCUCAGCGAUUCUGAGUCACAUAGUGAAGGAGCUAUCAUUGACCUUGGUGACGAGCUUUUGCUACCCUCCGGAUUGUCCGUAGGACAUAGAAUUGCUAAAAAGUCAAAAAAACCAUCAAAGGAUGUGAUAUUAACCGAGGGUCAAGGUACAGUAGUAGCCGCCGAGAGCCGACAAUUCAUGGGAAACAUUGGGCCUGCCCAGUCAAAGGCUCAAUUAGCGAUUUGGAAAUCAGAACAGAAAAUGCAAAAUCGAAAGAAUAGACGCGAGGCCAAAUACGUCAACAACCAGCCUCAUUUCAGAGAUCAACUUCUUCAGUAA